AUGGUUACGAGCCAGCGUGAUGAAAGUGUUUCAAUCCAGGCCUUCUUGAAGUGGCAGGAAGACCAAGGCCUAUGGUGUCAUGGUACAAAACAGCCAAAGCAGAAGAUGCAGUCACCCAGAUACAUGCUCAAGUCAACACUACAGGAUUAUCUACAACGCGAUGGCAGAGUCGAAAUUUUACUUCAGGAACUUUUCCGACAUGAUGACCCACAUGAUAACCCGCCUGAUGCCGACAUCAUCCGGAAACAUUACCUCCGGCCCUUCGUCAUCCUUUUGCGUCUCCAUCAAGGGAGUAUGAUCAAGCUCUUUACAAAAUAUGAGAACUUGCAGGAUCACAAAUUGCCAAUUUUAUCUAAGCCUCCUAAUUUCCCAAUUUCCGCUGAGAUUGAUCUUUGGGAAGCCUUCAAAAAAAAUCAGUGGCUUUUCUGCCCCGUUAGGCUCCAAUACGGCAUGAGUAGAGAUGUAUUACCGGAAGAGAUUUUGCCGUUCCAAUUCGAGGAACUUCUCGGUCGAGGAGGGGAAUCCUCCGUCUACAAGGUCAAAAUCCACCCGGAAUGCCACAGUCUUCUACCCACUCCAAAGGCUCGAACGAUUGCUAAUGCACAAAUAUCACACGAUUUUGUGGUGAAAACAUAUCGUGGCCAGGAUGCAAAGACCUUUUAUGACGCAGAGACGAGGGCUUUUUACAAGCUCAGGGUAGAUAAUCGUCCUCCGCCAAACAUUAUCACUUAUUACGGUAGCUUUAUCCAGAACAAUACUUACAAUAUCAUUCUGGAGUAUGCGAACAAGGGAACUCUGGAAGAAGUCAUGGAGCACAACAAUGCUCCAAGGUCCGGCGGGGAUGUCAUUCGUUUCUGGGAGCAAAUUUUUCAGUUGUUCAAAGGUCUUGGACAAAUUCACGGAGUCGAGAAAGAAGGUCAGGGUCACCAUCAAAUGCUAGGAUGGCACCAGGACAUUAAACCUGCUAAUAUACUUGUCAAGAGACCUCAUGAUACGUUGACCCACAGUUAUGAGUUUUUCGUGGCAGAUAUGGGUCUCAGUCAUUUCAAACCUUCGACUGGUCGACAAAAGGACGCUUCGGACAAGGAUGGUGGUGGUACAUAUACUUAUGGCGCUCCCGAGCUCUUUCACAAGAAUGAUGAUGAGAUAACCGUUCGGGUCGGUCGACACGUGGAUCUUUGGUCCCUUGGCUGUAUCUUUAGUGAGAUUGGUGUAUGGAUCGACGGCGGCUGGCCUGGGGUUCAAGAGUACCGCCGCUUGCGGGAGAUCGAAGUAACCAAGAAAGUGGGGCCUGGCGAAGGAGAAUUAUUCCAUGAUGGGUCCAAGGUUCUCAGCCUUGUCACUAAGACUAAUCGUGCUGUCGUUGGCCGUAGAGACGAUUUCGUUACACGACAAGCUCUUCGGGAUCUAGUAGAGCCUAUUCUCAUGGCAAAAGCCGAUGAACAAGAGAAUGCUGGACAAUAUUUUACUCGAAGCACACAGAUUAUCCGCAGAGCCAAGGUAGACAUGCUGGAAUACACCGAGAUGGAAAGAGCAAAAGAGACCCAGGGUGACAACACAGCACCAGAGUCACAAUUUCUGACCGAUAUUACUCAUGUCAAGGUACAAGAGCCCAUGGGGUCUAACAGACCCCCUACAGUCAUUCUGAAUGAUCCUGACAAGACCAUUGGAGAUCCCGCGCUGCCUCCACCUCACUUGUCUUGUAACCAGGCACUUGAAAUCAUUGGACGCAAGCGAUGGCCGAGAAAAGUUGCAUUCCCCAACAAAGAUCUUCUUCAAGACCUAAAGACUAUGGACCACGUCUUCCUCAUAGACACCUCAGACGCUAUGGGAAACUACAGCUUUGAGGUGAAGGGCGUCUUUAAAGUGCUGGCCGCUAUAGUAAAGAACUUGAGCCCAGAAGGUGUAGAUAUCUUCUUCACGACUGCAGGGGAUCCUAUCAGGGGCUGGAAGCAUUCGUACCAGCUGUCAUCGUCUCUAAAAAAGGUCAAAUUUAGCGGCACCUCGGAUAUGGCAGCUAGGCUGGGCGACUUGCUGGACGAAUACAAGGAAGAGCUUAAUUUUCCUAAGGCGACUCGUCGAAGCAUGUUCCAUAGGCCAAAAUCAACUGAUCUCCAUCGGAGACGAAAUAUCUACGUUUUGACGGACGGCAUUUGGCAACCAGGAUGCGCUAAGGACGUCCUUCCCGCCAUUCAAUCUAUGACAAAGAGAUUGCAAGCGCAUGGCAAUGCUGCUAAAAAUCGUAUGGGUAUUCAAUUCAUACAAUUUGGAAAUGACGAUAGGGCGAGAAACUUUUUGAAGUCCUUGAAGUCUCCACCGCCCCCAGACGACGACCCUAGUCUCAGAGUGGACAUGGUAGAUACCACAUCCUCACAGGGUAACGUUUGGAAAAUGCUGCUUGGCGCCACUAAACGGUGGUUUGACCAUGACGAGGGUCAUCAACGAAAGGAAGUCAACCAAACACAGACAGGCCCUACUCAUGGCUUACCGCAGGCAUAUUUCACACAAGAUAUUGUCGAUACUCUCGGAAGCAAACGAGUUUGUCGCAUUCGAUUAGACGAAUUGAGCGACUUGAACGUCGGGCCAAACCAAGACAACGCUCGCGAACAUCACUUUAGUUGCUACAAAAUAUUCUCCUUAGACUCCAAUGCAUGGGUUACUAACUAG